AAACAAACCAGGCAGUGGAACGAUAGCAAACUAGCGAGUAGCAGCGUUUUGUAUCUCGGAGAAUUUUGAGCUACUUUCUUUAGUGAGUAUCCUUCGAAAAUUAUCAGUUGACCAAGAAUUUUGCCAUGGGUGGUUGCAAUCAGUCCAAAGUUGUGCCGACUUCGUCACCAGCCGAAGAAUUGUCCACGGGGAUGAUCAAGAACAAGUCCGUCUCCUUCUGGAAAUUCCUUAAGAACCGUCGCAACAUGAUUCGGGUAGCCCCUGCCCUGCCCGAGGACCAGCACACUACCAAUGUGUCAGACCGUACCAUCGUGGGUAUAAACAAGCCGCCUUCUCCCAUCCACCCCCGCUCGCGUGCCAGUCAAGACGACAGCCCUUCACCGACGUUCAGCGAGGUCAGCUUGUCUCCUUACAUGAUCACUGAGGAAACGGCUGAUGGAGACGAGUUGCUGGAGCUGGAAAUUGCCGAACGUCCAACAACACCGGAUCUCUACGUCUUGGGCACUCCUCUUUUUGCCAAGAAGAUCAGCAACAAGAAGAAGCUCCAUGCUCGUCAGGAAAGUCAGGAAAUCCUUCGGGAACUCCGCAAUGCUGGCAUCGUGGCUCGUCCAGAGACACGCGCGGGAGGUGUCGCCUACGAGUAUUUUGUCAAGGAGAAAUUUGGCCUGCUGAAGAAUCCGCCAGCCCGCCUGGAGAGGCUGAAGAAAGCGAAGAAGAUGAGAGAGGCACGAGGUGAUGCCAAGCUGAGAGAAGAGAUAGAGAGUCGCAUGCAGAUGGCUGAAGAACGCCGAAAGCAAGUACUUGACAAGGUUCGCAUCCAGCAGACACAGCACUUGGUGUUGGACAUCCGAAGAGCCCACAACAACUUGGCCGCUCUGGAGGAAGACAAGAUCCAAGCAACAGCAGAACGCCUCCAACAGAAGGAGAUCAUGUCUCAGGUUAUGCAGGGUCGUGCCAUUGUCAAUCGUGACCUGCGCAACAUGCAAAAGAAACACCACCACACCGAAGUGCGCCUGCGUGCUGCCCUGAAGAAGAUUGCCGAGAGAGAUGAGGAGCUGCGCGAGGCGAGGAAAGUCAUCGAAGUAUCACCAAUGAGAGGCGAGGGACAAGACCACAGACAGUAGGAGGAAAAGGCGGGCGAGCAAAAUCUCCAACUAAACAACCAUCAACUGUUGGGGAAUAAUUAUGUACUAUGUACAUGUCGAUACCUGUCCAAUGGAUUUAAUUCUUGUACUAUGUACAUGUCAGUAUCGGGGAUGAUAACAUCAUUUUGUACUGUGUACAAACGGUCAUUACAAGAGGGGGGUUCACAUUUUAAAAAGAGAGAUAAAACGGAGGGGGUAUUUCACAACAGAUGUAAAUAACCGCUGUCACAGGCAAAUUGAGAGGGGAAUUAUGAACAAAAAUUCGUUGAAUAACAAAAUGAAAUUCAUCAUUACUAAUUAAUCAAAUUCAGCCGGGAGGGGUUCGAAGAAUAAAACAGAACAAUAGGUCUUUUUAUCAACAUAUAUGUUAGGAAGUCGUUUGAGGAGAGCUGAAUACCACUUCAACUGGAAUAAAUACACUGUAUCUUUUCAUCAAAUCUCCUUUAGAAAUAAUAAAUAAUCACGUUUGCCCCCAUCUCAUAAAUGAAACUUUGCACUUUUAAACAGGUGAAUUUUAGACCUCAUACCUUAUCCCUUGUCAGUGGAAUGUGAGGAAGCGCUCGUUAUUUUCUUUUCCUAAAAGGUUUUCUCCAAGUUGGAUUGCAAUUCCAUCAACUUAGGUAGAAAGAUAUCUUAGCUGAUAAAGUGCAAAUAACGAUCGUUCUGAAGUGUUACAUUUGCCCGCUGCCGCAGUUCUGUCUCGAACCAUUUUAGUGACAGUAUCUCAGUAGCCUUUUUGCUAGUUUCUGUUUUGUUUCGGUUUGGUUGUUGUGUUGGUUGAGGAUGAUUGCAGUUGAUUGUGGAUGGUUGUGGUUGAUUAGUUUGGUUGUAGUGAAGUCUAUUCAGUGUGCUCGACUAUGGUGAUGAUGGUUGUGGUUAAUUGUGGUGUGGUGUGGUCGAUUGUGUUUUGGUGAGCUUGGCUGUAAUUGGUUGUGGCUGAUUGUGGAUGGGCGUGGUUGAUUGCAUAGGAUGCUGCUGACUGUGGUUGAUUGUGGCCGAGGGUGGUUUACUGUGGUUGCUUGAGGUUAAUUGUGGUAGAGUGUAGUUGAUUAUGCUUGAGUGUGGUUGUCUGUAAUUGGUAUGACUGAUUGCGAAUGGGUGUUGUUUGAUUUUGUAAGAUGUUGCUGAUUGUGGAUGAUCGUGGGUGAGUGUGGUUGAAUGUGGUUGCUCGUGGUUGCAUGGGUUUGAGUUUGCUUGAGUGUAGUUGGCUGUAAUUGAUGGGUGAUUGUGGUUGGGUUUAAUUGAUGCUGAUUGUGGAUGGGUGUGGUUGAUUG